AUGACGCCCAGUCCCCCAGAUGAAGCGCUUCACUUUCGCGGAAAGACUCUGACCCCGGAAAGCCCUCGACCUCUACACAUUCCGGAGCCAUCCAAUAUCCCAGUCUUAGAGAACCAAAUGGACCCCGUCUUCAACGAUACCUCCACCUAUGAACGCUCGGUGUAUAAGCAGGUCCCGCAAACACACGAUGGAUGGUUGCACGGAGGGUUAAACGAUGGAGAGGGAUCGAGACAGACCCAAGAUGCUGAUAGUUUUCAUGGCUCGCAACCGAAUCGUGCGAUGCAAAAUGAAAUGAUUGCUUCUGCAUAUUACCCUCCCAACCCAGCGUCGGGGUCCGAAAACGCCGGUCAUCCGAGCUCAGGUUUCUUUCACCCCGAUUCCACUUAUCCCCAUGCUGCUCCGGUUGCUCCGGUAUCCCAAGGCUUUGCCACUGGGAAUGAAGUAGAUCAUGCCUAUGACCCGGAGCAGUCAAGGAUGCCGGAUCGCCUAAUUGAUGAGAAGGAGAGCGUGGGGCAUAGCGCGGAUGGUGUCAAUUUCCAGCAACUGCUCGACAAUCUUUCCCAGCCCAACCCUGGUGCAACCAUUCCCGCCGUUCCUUCCGCUGAUAACUCGUCUAUCCACCAAGCACCCGCGGGCGAGUCCCUCAAAUCCCAGGGCAUCCCUGCCCACCCUCAAGCCCAAAGCCACGAUUCUAUCCAGGCCCAUUAUAUCCCAAAUGGCGAGGUGACAUAUCACCAACUGCCGCCUGCCCAUGAUGCUGCUGCUACUGCGUCGCCUGCCUACUCCCCCCAACCUAGUAAUAUUCAACCCCAAGACCAGUCCCAACCAUUUAACAGUGCUUCUGGAGGGGCCUCAACCGUCAACAAUCCACCUCCUCCGAUUGGCACAUUCCCGCAAACCCCAUCUACUGGUGCCGAAUCUCAGGGCUCCUUGCAAGAGAUUUCUGUAGCAUCCAAGAAAGUCCGUGUUGACAAGCAGGGUCGGCCCAUCAAGCUUUCUGACGAUGAUACGCCUUGGGGUCCAGAGGUCCAAAAGAAAUAUGAUGAGUUUCUGCACGAUGAGCGGAUCUAUGUGACGGAAGGUCUUUGGGAUCGGUUCCCAAUCGGCUCCAGGUUGUUUGUUGGCAAUCUCCCUACUGAGAGAGUCACCAAGCGAGACAUGUUCCAUAUCUUCCAUAAGUACGGCAAACUAGCUCAGAUAUCGAUCAAGCAAGCGUACGGCUUCAUACAGUUUCUGGAGGCGAGUUCCUGUCAUGCGGCUCUUGGAGUCGAACAGGGAGCUGUCGUGCGGGGCAGGAAGAUACAAAUACCUAACCGUCUCCAGAUCUUGAAAUUUCAAAGCCUCAGCGAUCGACCCGACCCGCUCAAGCGCCUGAAACUUCCCGUGCACCGCCGCCACGUCGUUCUCGGUCACCUGAGUUCAGCCGUGCCGGUCCUGGGCGAACCAACCCCCGGGCCCCGGUCGAUCGAUACGACCGGUCUAAGCCCUAUGAACCAAGUCGGCUUCCAUUUAGCGAUUUCCGGGAUGAACCUUCUCACCGCAGCAGACGCGACGAUUAUCGCCCGCCACGAUCACCUUCCCCGCGACCGUUUCGGGGAUCUAGAGAUGGAUAUCGGUCGCGCGACAGAACGCCAGAAAGAUUCGAUCGCCGCGAGCGAAGGCGCUCCCGUUCUCCGCGUUCUCCUCGCUCUCCUUAUUCCAGAGACCGACGUUACCGGAGCAUCAGCCCAAGACCGCGCGGUAUCUAUGAAGGGGAAGCGGAUUUGCCUGUGCCUCGACGAGCUCAGCGAGAUGUACCAGAUGUGCAGAUCCUCGUGCUGGAGGAACUUGACAGGUGGGAACUUCGUUCUUCACGUAGAGAAUGCUUUCCGCAACCGUGGAUUGCGAGUGGAUGUCCUGGUGCUUGGUCCACGGAUUCCUCUUGGUGCUGCUGUGCAUCGUCAGUUUAUUGAAGGUGUUCUUGCCGUCGUCCGCCUCUCUCGUCCGAACCAAGUCUCUCGGAAGAUUCCUCUGCAGCUAUUUGAUCGAACCGCUGGAUUGGAUAACGUUCGCUUCCUUGAUUACCCUGAGCUCGAGCCUAAUAUGUCUGCUGAGCUCCUGAGCCACCAGUCCCAAGCGAUGCAGCGAGGAGCGGCCCCAACCGCAUUUGCACCGAAUCCUGGUUUCAUCGUCCCUCCAGUACAGCCUAUGGCGGUUCCUCCACCUGGCUUGCCUGCGCUUUCAAACCCACCCAAUAUUGCGAACCUUAUUGGUUCAUUGGAUGGUCCUAGCCUUUCAACCCUCUUGUCGGCGCUCCAGCGACCUCCCCAUUCGCAGCCCGUGUCUGCUACUCAGUCGCCCUUUUCCUCACCAAACCCACCUCCCGCCGACCUCGCUAGUCUCCUGACCAAUGCGCAUCGGCCCCCGCCUAUGCAAAAUACCCAACAACAGCCCCUCCCCCAUCCACCCUUCAACCUCCAGCCUGUAAAUGCACCAGUCAUCACCGAUCCAAACCUACUCUCGCUGCUGGCCAAAGGACUAGGUGGACAACCGCAGCAGGGCCAGGGACCCGUCGGUCCCCAGGUACAGAACCUGAUGCAGCACCUCGCUAAAUGGAAGCAAUGA